AUGGAUAUUCACCAGCUAAAAGUCUUUGGAGAUUCUAAAUUGAUAAUCAACCAACUUUUAGCUGAAUAUGAAGUUCUUAAUUUAGACUUGAAGCCAUAUCAUGAACAUGUGGCAAUGCUUAUGAGACGAUUUGAUUCGAUAAAAAUCAAAUUCGUCCCGAGAAGUGAAAAUAGAAAAGCUGAUGUCUUAGCUAAUUUGGCUGCUAUUUUAGCUAGAUCAGAUGAAGAAUUUUCCCACUCCAUAUCAAUUGCUCAAAGAUGGGUGCUUCCGUCAUUGCUACCUAGUAAUUUGGAAGAAAAUAAUAGUGUCGAAGUAGUCGAAGAUGAGGAAGGAGAAGAUUGGAGACAGCUAAUAAUCGAUUUCCUUCAACAUCAAAAGCUACCAGAUAAUCCACGAUGA